AUGAAAAAGAAAGACUCAAAGGUUCGAGGUAAAAAAUCGGGAGGCAAACAGAGGAAUAUACAGGAGCGGAAUGGACCCAAGAACAAGAAGACACCAACGCCGGGACAGACCAGAGAUGAGCCGGCUACCGAAUCACCGACCAAAGUGUUCACCAUGGUCGAGGACAUGAUGAACAAGCCUAGCUCGGGGCCGCCAAGCAAAGGCUCCGGACCACCGAGCAAAGGCCGGAGGUCCAAAAUGAAUCGAGCUCAGGGGACGGUGACGGUAUGUUGGGUUAGGGUAGGGUAAAGUAGGACAAGGUAAGAUAAAGUAGAUUAGUGUAUUGUAGACUAGGGUACUUUAGGGCACACUUGACUGUGUAAUACCAACCAUAUUCAGCAACCCGUGAACAAUCGUGAAAAGCCUGACACUCAAGAACAAAAAGACAAUUGUCGUCGACUGGUCAAUUGGGUCAUCAAAACCGGGCCACAAGGACUAAUUGACAUGUACAACAAUGAGAUUAAGAAUUGGCUUCCACCUUGUUCUACUCGCUACGCUUUCGAUGCCAAUGCCGACAAGAAUCGGUAUAAUGGUAAGGGUUUACUUUCUUAGCUUGUCUGUCCACAACUAAAUAACUAACUUUAUAUUAGGUUGUUCAAAUAAUUCUGAGCUAAGUUUUAAGCAAAUUUUCGGGGUAGGGGGCGCAAACUUUUUUGAACAACCUAAUAGGUGAUCGUAGGACGAAAAAAUGUGAUUUUGGUAAAAAAAUUUUUUUUACCCCCCCCCCCCGAAAAAAAAUUACCCCUCCCUAUGAAAAUGCUAAAAAUUACCCCUCCCUUGAAAUUCUUGUUGUCCUGGCGCCACAAAAUCAAUUUUUAGGCUAAUUUUGCCGGGCCUAACUUCAUAACCCCCCCCUCCAUUCAUUUUUAACUUUUCAGACGUCGUAUGUGGAGACCAACACCGUGUCGUCCUGAACCUAGCCGACGGUCCCCAUGAUUAUAUUCAUGCGAACGAGGUUAGCGGCUUCCCAUUGUGUAACACUUUUUUCUGUACUCAAGGCCCACUGGCCAACACGAUUAUCGACUUUUAUCGAAUGAUUUGUCAACGAAAGGUGGGCAUCAUCAUCAUGUUGUGUGAGACGGUGGAGAUGGGGAAACCCAAGUGCGCCCAGUAUUGGCCCAGAAAGAAGGACGAGAAGAUGAGCUUUGGGAGUAGGUUGAUAAUUUUUUUAUUUUUUGGGGGGGGGGGGUAAUUUUUUAAAAAUAAAAUUUUUUUUUGGAAAAAAAAUUUAACUUGUGGGCAAAAUUUUUUUUAACUAACAUCACAAGCCCUUUAGAAUUCACGGUAAUCAACAAAGGCACCUCCACCACCCACCAAAUCUUCACCACAGAACUGGAAGUAACAAGCCCCGCCGGCAAAUUCAACCUGAAACACUUUCUCUGGCUGGGCUGGCCUGACCGAGGCGUUCCAUCAACCACCCUUUGUGCUCUGACAUUACUAAAAGCCCCGAGAACGAGCUCAUCACCAACAAUCGUCCACUGUUCGGCUGGAAUUGGGAGGACCGGCAGUGUUGUGGCCAUUGAGUAUGUUAUUCAAGCCACAUUGUCGUUGUCGACGAUGAAUCUGGCUGAGAUGAUCAAGGAGGUCAGGAGUAAGUUUUUUUGUUUUGAAGAUAUGAUUGUGAUGCUUCAUUUAGUACUAGUUUUGCAGCUCUAUACUUACAAGAAAAUGAUGUUUCAAGUCGUCAAAGUUAUCUUAUCCUAGACAUCUGACGUAGUAGAACAAAUCAAUUUUUUUAUAAAAUGCAUCAUGCUUUAGGUAAACGCCUACUAGCCGUCCAAACCGACGUACAAUUCCUCUACAUUGCACGUGUUCUAACCGAGUACUACACGGUGAAUGUUGGAAAAGACGUCUUGCAAAAAGACAUUAAGGAGUUCAACGUUAACGCUGAAAAAAUCUUCAAAAACCACAAUCCAAAUGAUGUUUAUGCCAAGAAAUAA